GUGAAGCUUAAGAAGACAACAACUUUUCUCAUUUGUUUCAAAGAUGGGGAAAAUGGCUUCUCUAUUUGCCACUCUUUUUGUAGUUUUAGUGUCACUUAGCUUAGCUUCUGAAAGCUCAGCAAAUUAUCAAUACUCAUCUCCACCACCACCUAAGAAACCAUACCUCUACAAGUCUCCUCUUCCACCAGUGCAUGUCUAUCCAUCACCACCCCACCACCCUGUAUAUAAGUCUCCACCGCCACCUAAGAAGCCAUACCACCCUUCACCAACACCAUAUCAUCCUGCACCCGUUUAUAAAUCUCCACCACCACCAACUCCAGUUUACAAGUCACCACCACCACCCAAGAAGCCACACUAUCCUCCACACACCCCGGUUUACAAGUCGCCACCACCACCAACUCCCGUUUACAAGUCACCACCACCACCCAAGAAGCCAUACUACCCUCCACACACCCCGGUUUAUAAGUCUCCACCACCACCAACUCCAGUUUACAAGUCGCCACCACCACCCAAGAAGCCAUACUACCCUCCACACACCCCGGUUUACAAGUCGCCACCACCACCCAAGAAGCCAUACUACCCUCCACACACCCCGGUUUACAAGUCACCACCACCACCAACUCCAGUUUACAAGUCACCACCACCACCCAAGAAGCCAUACUACCCUCCACACACACCAGUUUACAAGUCGCCACCACCACCAGCUCCCGUUUACAAGUCACCACCACCACCCAAGAAGCCAUACCACCCUUCACCAACACCGUAUCAUCCUGCACCAGUUUACAAGUCACCACCGCCACCAGUGAAGCCAUACCAUCCUUCACCAACACCAUACCAUCCUGCACCAGUUUAUAUGUCUCCACCACCACCAACUCCUGUUUACAAGUCACCUCCACCACCAACUCCAGUCUACAAGUCUCCAGCACCACACCACCCCUAUCUUUACGCUUCUCCUCCUCCUCCCUACCACUACUAAGAAGUAACAUCACGAAGUUGAAGGAAAAGCAUAAUGUUGAGCUAAAAGAAAAGGCUUUUCCCAAUUUCGAGAGGCAAUGAGAAAAGAAGAAGAAAAAAAAGAGUAAAUAAUAAGCCCCACAGGAGGCGAAGUUCUUUUGUAGCUUCAUGUUGUCUAAGCUAUUGAUAUUGUUUGUACCCUAUAUUUUAUUUCUCUGUCUUUGUGUACGUAUGUUUUGCUCAGUUUCGAUCUCCUUGCAAAAUGCAGAGAUUAUGAGAUGAAUAAAGUGAGUUAUAUGAUUAUAUA